AUGAAGAGGUUUGUAAAACGUCCAAUUUACAUUCGCCUAGACACGAGUAAAGCAACCAACAGGGAUGAUGGCGUGAACGUAACAGUUUUUUUGUAUAAUACCUGUGCUGCCUCUGGUGUAAAAGAGGCCGUGAGACAAGCCAUAAGAAUACCAUUUAACCUUAAUACGACCGAAAUUAUUAUUGACUAUGUAUCGUAUGAUCGAAACGUUACGUUGACUGAACUUCAAGACACGGAAACUAGUCCAACAAUAGAUGUUCGAGAUUUAUUUACGAUAACUAAUAAAGGAUCUGUUAUGUGGAAAUCUUUACCUGCACUGAUAAUCCUCGAAAUGGACGCAUACGUGGUUAAAAAUACUGUGAUAACUACAAUGGGCGCGGAAUGUAAAGAAGUCUCGUCUAAAAGCCUAGUGAUGUUAAAGUGUUUUGUAAAUCUAGAACCAAAAUCGACAUUUAAAAUAACGAUUAUAAGAAGUCUGCUAAAAGAAAAAAUCAUGGAAAUCUUUGAUAGCGAAAAAAUUAGUAUAAAUUCGACGUAUACUCUGUUUCUGGAGCCGACUUUACAAACUCUUAACAAAACAUUUACAACAAUGCUGUACUUUCAAGUGGACACGAGUUUCGGGAGCAAUAAAUACUAUAUGAUCGCGUUAGCUGUUACAGUGGCGUUAUUUGUUCUUGUUGUAAUCAUAAUUAUCUUAUACAAGGUUGGCUUUUUCGAGAGGAAAGAAAAGACCAAAUUAGACGCGCUGAAAGAGGAGAUAAAGCAGAAGAGUAUCCGUCGACCCAAUCGUGAUGAUGUAGCGGAUACACUCCAAGAGAACAAUCAGGGCAACAUAGAAGUAGUUGAUGACAUACCCUUACAACUAAUGGAUUUUCAAGACACGCGAGAUUCAUCGUCUUUGAUUCAAAACUAGGAGAUAAAGAAGAGAUGAAGAGAGAAACUUAAAUUUAAGAUAUUAGUUGAUACCUAAUAAAAAAUUUAAGUUUGGAAAGAAUUAAAUAUUUAGUUGCUAUUUAUUCGGUCGUUUGAUUUUAUCUAUUAUUACAAAUAAUUAAAGUAUUGUUUUUUUUUUGUCACAUUGUUAUUUCUUAGAUAUUUAUAAUAACUUCUAAAUGAGAUAACGGAAGAUUUGUUUGUGAAAUAAUUUCUUCAUAUUUUAUAACCGAUUUCAUAUUAUAUUUUGUGUAAUAUCAAUAAAACUUCUUCUUAAAAACCGCAA